CCUGGCUCCGCCCCAGCAGAUUUGGCAAGACCAUGGAGGAAUAUCAUCGCCACUGCAACGAGGUUGGUUUUAAUGCUGAUGAAGCCCACAAUAUUGUCAAGGAGUGUAUAGAUGAGGUCUUAGGUGGUGAAGAUUAUAAUCAAAACAAUAUCAACAAAUGGACAGCAAGCAUAGUGAAACAAUCCUUAGCACUUUUGGUUAAGCUGGGGAAAGCUUAUAAAUACAUUGUGACCUGUGCAGUGGUGCAGAAGAGCGCUUAUGGCUUUCACACCGCCAGCUCUUGCUUUUGGGAUACUACAUCUGAUGGAACCUGCACUGUAAGAUGGGAGAACCGAACCAUGAACUGCAUUGCCAAUGUUUUUGCCAUUGCUAUUGUCCUAUAA